UCUGUUACCUGAUAUAUAUCAUUAUUUUGAUUAUUCAAGAACAGAACCGUCAUCAUGCCCGGCCCUGCAGCUGGGGCAAAGCCUGAGAAGACUAUGUCUUCUCGACUUCUGACAAUGAAGUUUAUGCAGCGUGCUGCUGCCGGAAAGAAAGAUUCCCCAGGUGUAUCGGCAGAGGAGAGCCGUUCUCCCACACCGAAGCGCCCAAAACAUGCAGGCCGCGAUCAGCAACAGAGUCCUGCGGCGCCGAGGUCGUCUGAUCUCGAGGCCAUUUCUGCUGCGAUUGCCGCCGAGGAAGAUAAACGUCGAGAAGCCAUUGCCCGCCAGGCUGCCGAAGCGGGCGAAACAGAAUGGGUGCUGGACUUCCCGGAAACUGCAGAAUCGAGCUACCAACGUGCCCAGAGCCCUUUGGUCAUUGCUGCCGAUUCUCUAGAUGCCGAGGAUGAAGAUACAAUGCUUGGUGGGCGAAAAUGUUUCGGUAACUACCAGCGGAAAUCCAAGAAGACGCAGGAUGGCGGCGAGGCGGAUGAAGAGGGAGAAGAAGAUGGUGACGCCGAUCUGGCCGAUCCGUCUAACGUCGAAGCGAUGAUUCGGAGAGCCAAGGCGCAGGCGGCACAGAAGAACCAGACGAAAAAGCCACACAGGGAGGUCAAACUGUCGAAUCUCACUAGUAUAUCAGGUGGACGUCAGGCCCUCAUUGGAAGUAGCAAAUCCCAGAAGAAACGCAAGAACAGAUAAACCGAUCUCUUGGACUCAGUCAGAUACCGGCCUAUAUUUCCCUGAGAUUACAUGCGGCGUUACGGAUGAGCAUUGGCGUUUUGGUAUGGGCGUUUUGAGUAGGGAUCAAUAUUGCUUUCAUUAACCCUCUAGGGAACGAUCAACUUGGAGAUGCCAUCUUCUCUUAUCCAGAUCUGCACAUUGAAUAUGGUAUAUUACUUUAUGACCAAGACAUGCUUAUAGCAGCAUCGACGCCUCGUUGGCAGGAUAAUCAACGAUGGGAGGGUGGUCCUGCUUACUGUCGAAAGUCUUCGCGACAAUUCUUACCUGCAGAGGACAUGGGACACAGCCUGCGAAGCUGGCGGGGCGGAACACUGCUACUGAGAGCGGACAGUGCUGUCUACUUUCUCCCAGUCUUUUCGCCCAACAUAAUUAGUCACAUUUCAGUGGAGGGUUUAGAGAACGC